GAAUAUAUGCCGCGUAAAGGGCGUAGCAAGUAUCCGGAUACGUCAAAGGUCAAUGAAGAAGAGCUGAUCGAGAAUGUCGUUCCGGCGUUUGCUCCAGAGACAUGCUUCGCUCGUUGGACAGACUUCGAGAAAAGCUUCACGGAAUACAAGCGAAUGCAUAACUUGAGAUUUCGAGUGCGAUCGUCUGAAACUACACAGCAAUACAACAAGUACGGC